CAGCCCAUCAUGGGUAAGAAGACCGGGAAACAGAAGGCCAAUGGAGCGCCCGCGCCCGUCGAGGAGCCCCAGCGGCACGAGCCUCCCAGGCCAGAACCACCAAGGCAGGAGCCUCCAAUGUCCAAGCCAACGGUGCUUGAGCAGGUGAAGGAGGUUUCCGAGCCAGACGAAGAGGACGAAUACUACGAUUACAGUGCGGAGGAGGAAGCUGAGGCUGCUGCUGCUGGUUAUGGGCUUGCGGAUAUGAUGUCGAAUACAGAAGAAGAAUCAGGGUGGGGGAACGCUGGGCAUGCCGCUGGGAACGACGCUUGGGGUUAUGGUACCGGUAAGCCUGCCGCUACCCCCGCCGCUGAUCCUUGGGGAAAACCUACUGGUGGGGACGGCUGGGGUAAAACCCCAGCACCUUCUGCGACCAAUGCAGCUGCUGGCGGAUGGAAUACGACGACUACAAUCCCGACUCCAGCGCAAAUGGCUGCCCAACAGGCGGCGGCAGCUGCUAUGGCUGCUGCUGCUGCAUCUGCUAAUAAAGGCAAGAAAUCGGACAAGAAAGCUGCUCCGGCCUGGCAAAGCUGGGGCGCCGAGGCAACCGGAAGUGAUUGGAAUGGGGGCGGUAGCGGAUGGGGCCAACAACAACAGAAACUGAAAAAACAAGACAAGGGUGGAAAGCAGGCUUGGGAAAGCUGGGGUAAAGAGAGUCAGACGAAGGGUGACCCUUGGGGGACUGUGCAUAGCGGAGCAGCGACUUCAAACGCGGGAGGAUGGGGAAAUACGAGUGCUGCAGGCUGGGGAAACGCACAUGGGAGCGCUGGUGGUUGGGGAAACACAAAUGCGGGUGCUGCGGGUGGUUGGGGAAAUAACAAUGGAGGCGCAUGGGGCGAAACUGCUGCGACGCAAUAUACUGACUGGGGCGACGAUAAGGGUAGCGCCGGUGCUUGGGGCCAACAAGGUUGGGGGCAUGAGGAGGCGAAACGACAGCCAAAGGCAUCCGAGGGCAAGAAAGGUGGCAAGAAGGGACAACAACAACAACAGCCACCUCAAUCGCAGUACUACCAACAACCUCAAGGCAAGAAAGGACAAAAGAGCAAGCAAAAGCAAGACAAACAUGCGGAUCCUUGGGGCGGAGGUGGAGGCUGGGACGACGGUGGUUGGGGUACAUCUGCAGCAGCCGACUGGGGAGUGCCAGAGGAAGAAAUGUACAGCGACGAAUCAGACUCUGAAGACGACCGUCGCGUUCAUUUCACUCCAAUAACGGCCAACGUUUGGGGAGGCAGCCAGCCCGAGUCGACGUAUCAUAUGCCUUCCAGAACUCUUGCUCAUGCCCAGCAGGGAACGACUGGCGCAACGCCGCUCUUUGCUGGCCCUCCUCGUGACAACAUCGGCGAAGGCCUCGACAUUCAUUUCAUUGACUCGAAAGGCGCCGCACUCGUUGCUGCCCAGCAAGCUCUUUUUGGCUACACCGUCCGCAGAGCCAAGGACCGAAUCCAUUGGAUGUUCCCACCAAACAAAGACGAGCGUGUCGCUUCCCUACUUAUCUGGAUUUCCCAAAUGUCGGAUCAGAUCGCAGCCUACGGGCUGCAUCGUUUCUUGCAGAGCCGUGAACGCGGUGCUUUAAUUGCCAAUGCUGACUAUCGACCUCCAAACCAUCCCGAUGAACCGGCGUUUGACUGGCUCACUUUCGACCAGUUGCAACCUUCGAGAGACAAGAUUUUGCAAGAGUCCGUUGCCUUAUACGACCCGGCUGCGACCACCUUGGUUUUCGUCUUUCUGCCAUCCAAGAGUGGAAACAGUCUUGCGAUGUGGAGGCGCAAAAUUCCCAUUCGAUCGUCACUCAGGACUUCGCGGAUAGGCGAAAUAUCAUUAGCUUUGGCCGGGCUUCGGAAGGAGAAGGAUUACUAUGUCCUCGUAGACGAACUGCCCAACAAGAAAGCGGGUGACUCGAAGGCCACCAAGGCAAAGUCCUCUGCAGUCCCAGCCAAAUCUGCGUUAAAGUACGAUUAUGGCAAGGGGUACUACCCUUACGAACCGUACGAGAAGAAACAGAAGAAGAAGAAGAAAUGGUGGAACAUUUUUGGCUGA